AUGGCGUCGAUUGUUGCGAUUGCUUUGACUUUGAUGUCUGCUUAUAUUGUGAAUGCCAUUCUGCCGGCGUUCUUGUUGUAUAUUCGGCAGAAAUGGAUUGCGCGCAACUUGCCCGGCCCCAGAACAGACUUCUUCUUUGGCAACAUUCUGCAAUUCCCCAAAGAAUACAAAGGUAGGCACAGAAAAGUUUACAAGGCUAGCGUCCGACUCGCAAAAACUGAAAAGGUCCGUUCGGUAAGACGGUCCUCAAAAAUGUUUUUUUUUUUACCCCUGUGGGAUCUGUACAGGGUUUAGGACAGCCGAUAGCGUGAAUCCACUCCAUUGUUUUUCUUUCAUGCUUCUUUUUCUUAAGUAGUACUGUAAGAUGAAAAAAACAAACAAGUAUAAAUUCGAAACAAUGAUCAUUUUUUGCGCGGACUUUUUCGUACCCAACGCGUCUAAUGCUGACAAUGUGAGAGGAAAUUGCAAGCUUAAAAUUUGUGUUCAUUGGAAGGAUUUUGGAGUGUUCGAAGAAUACCUACAUAAAAAAACCAACCUUGGGAUGCCUGGAUGCCAAAAAAGAUAAGCCACAAACCUUUUCUGCAAAGAAAAAUUUUUUCGUUUUUGAGGAAAUUUCUCGCAUUUUAGAUUAUCGUGACUAUUUCCUCGGCUUCGCCAACGAAGAGAUUGCCAAAGGUCAUAGUGUGGCGAGAUUAUGGGUUGCGAAUCAGCUGUUUGUUUACCCGUUGAACAGCGACGCGACUCGCGCCAUAACUUCCAGCACCGUCGAGCUGAACAAGGGCGACGUCUACAGUUUUGUGGGACGUUGGCUGGGAAAGGGGCUCAUCACGAUCGGAAAUGAGGAGCGAUGGCAUCGGAAUCGCCGUCUUCUGACGCCGGCCUUUCAUUUCGCAAAGCUGGACGAGUACAUCCAGACUAUUGAUAGGCAUGCAAGGGUACGGUAGUUUGAAAAAUCAAAAGUCGGCGCUCAGCGAGUUUUGCCAUUAAAGGACCAGUGCAGCUAUUUUUGAAUCGCGUUUUUUAUGGCGCGGAAACGAACGUCAAAAAAGUAACUCUGUAAGUAUUAGAGAACAACACAAAAGAAUGCAUAUUAUGAAGUACUCGGAAUUCUCUAGACGAUAGAAUCAUUUCUUGGAGAAGCCGGCGGAAAAGCACUUUUUGCAUUUAAAUUUGCAAUUUUCAUUUUCCCGAGAGCCACGUCAAGGCUAGCCGACAACCCAAAAAACGUAUACCCCAUUCUCGAUUGUUUAUUUAUUUUUUUACAGAGAGGAAAAACUUGGAAAAUGCUGUGCGAAUGUAGAUUUUAGGACAAAAUAAACCGCCGUUGAUUUUGUAACGAAAACUUUUUGGUCCCUUCUAAAAAAUUCAAACUUGAAAAAGCAAAUGAGUUUCCGCGUUCAUCUGCUUAAAUCCAAUCAAAGGCGCACCCAAAUUAAUUUUUACAGCAUUUGGUGCAAGUUAUCCGCCAAAAAUGCACCACUGGCCAAAUUGACCUUUAUCCGAUAAUCAAAAUGUGUGCGUUGGAUGUGAUUACCGACACCGCCAUGGGCUGUCAUAUCAAUGCGUUGGAGGACUCGGAACAUCCGUACGUCAGAGCCGUCCAGAAGUUCAACCAUCUUAUCUACAUCAGAGCCAUGAACCCGCUCUUAUCCAUAUCGCUAGUUUGGACCUAUUUGGGGUAUGAGAGGGAGAGCCAGAAGGCGUUGAAGGUGUUGAAGGACCAGACGUUUCAGGUGAGACCUUUGUGCUUCCCCGAGCGCACACCGCAUUAAGUUUACACUGGGGAUGUUCGAACUGCGACGUUUCGAUGUUAUUGAAUUUUACGGUCACGCAGAACCUGGGUGGCAUAUAACCGUGGUUACAGAAUUUGUCGGCUUUUAUUUUUUCUGUAGGGUCAAAUUUCGGUAUAAAAAUGGGUUGACAUUGAUUCUGAAAAAUCAAUGCGAACUUUAAUUCUCGUCUUGCAGCGAUUUAAAAAAAAUCUACACCGGUUUUUCCCAAAUUUUCGAUUUUUUGGAAAUUAUUUUUAUUUAGUAUCCAGUGCCGACAUUUUUUUGCAUUGAAAUUUGGCCCAACAGCAAAAAUAAAGGCCGGGAACCUCUGUGACUUCUCCAGAUUUUUUUGCCAAUUCAACAAUCUUGGCUGUUUCUGCAAAGCGCGGGCUAGGACUCUGUAUAUCGCUUAGAAAAAAUUGAGUGUUACUUUGGCGUGAGAGAUAGUUUGCGUAUGCCGCGGUUUCCACUUCGCGUAUACUGAAAUGGUGAAAAUUAUGGCCGCGGAUAUACCGUUGCAAGUGAAAAUUGGUCAUUGGUUAACACAAUUCUUUAAGAUAUGGCCUUACUUUAUCGGACUUACGGCACUACUUGCUUUAAUUUGGCCUAAUCGCUUAAGCUGCUUAGGCUUGUCUCAGGCAUAGCCUGCUUACUUUUAGCCGCUUAGGCCGCUAAGGCUUAGCGCAGGCUUAGGCUUAGCUUGCUUGGCCGCUUAGGCUGCUUAGGCUUAGCUCAGGCUUAGGUUCAGUUUGCUUAGCCGCUUAGGCUGCUUAGCGUUAGCACAGGUUUAAAUUGCUUAGCCGCUAAGGCUGCUCAGGCUUAGCCUAAUUUCUAGGCAGCUUUGCGCCCACACCUGCGUUGGGAAUGUAGGCUGACGAGUCGCGUAGCGACGUAGCCCGGCUGCAUCCCAACACAGCUUGUCUGGGAUAUAUCGAGUCGGAAGUUUUACUCUCUAGGUUUCAUCGAAAUCUGAACGUCGCAUUUGGGAUACUUCCCUUCAGAGAGCUCCUUUCCUUGAUUAGAAAUGCCAUUUGAAGUAAAAUGCCGUUGUGUCCGUUGUGUAAUGUCAUUGUCGUUAUAAACACUCAACAAUGUUAAGGUGGUUACGGAGAGAAUAAAACAACGCAAAUUGGAGGACGCUAAGCCCCGGCCCGACUUCUUGGAUCUGCUUUUGGAUGAGUUUGACAAAGGAACGUUGCCUUUUGAGGAAAUCUGCGAAGAGGUCUGACAAGCUACAGAUUUUUCUACUUUAAGGUUUCUAAUUUCUAAUUUUCGAACGGUACUUCUAGGUGGACACAUUCAUGUUUGCCGGCCACGACACCACAUCGCACGGUAUCUCGUGGAUCCUUUGGGCAUUGGCUUGUCAUCCCGAGGUUCAGGAGCAACUCUACGCCGAAUUAAUUGACAAUUUCCCGAGCAAAGAAGGUCUGUCGGCCAUCAAGCAAAAGAAUCUCAAAUAUUUGGAUGCGGUUGUGAAAGAAGGACUUCGAAUUUUCCCGGCGGUUCCGUUUGUGCAAAGACGGUUGGUAAAUGACUUGAGAAUGGAUGGGUACCUUAUUCCGAGGGGCGCUCAAGUCACAAUCGCACCAUACUUUCUACAUCACAAUCCAAAGGUGGGAAGCCGAGGACAUUAAUUAGAAAGCAAAGGAUUAGGGUAUUCACUGACAACAAUAUAGAAGUUGUUUAUCUUGGUAAAUAGAAAGAAAUUUGUAGGUUUUUGCAAAUCACAUGGAGUUUGAUCCGAACAACUUCUUGUCCGGCAGGGACUACGAAAGCAAUGCAUAUAUUCCAUUUAGCAGUGGGAUGAGAAAUUGUAUUGGUAGGUUUAGCAUUGGCUUGUGCAUGUUCUACUGGCUUCACAAGUAAUCGACGUUUUUACAGGCCAACGAUUUGCUCUGUACGAAAUGAAAAUCGUGGUUGCCUAUUUGGUGUUGAACUUUACAUUCUCGUCCGCCGGCCUCGGAUUUCGCGAGAACUAUCCGACCUUUGAAGUCAUCCUCCAGCCCAGUCAUGGAGUCCCCGUCAUUUUGGAAGAACGAUGA